AUGGUUUUACUUUACAUUAUUGGCUUCAUUGUAAUCGUACUUGCUAUUUUAAUAGCUGCUUCAAGCAAAUUUUCAGAAAAAGCAAUACGAGACCCUCUCGAAAUCUGGAGGACUCUGGCACGAGCAGGACGCCUUCGUUCUCUAGGAUUUACUUUUUUGCUGGGAUACGUGAUUCCUUAUACUCGUGGACUUAAUCUUCGUGUCACAACGCUAGAAAAGGGUCUAUGUUCGGCAGUGUUAAAGGAAGAAAGACGCAUACAUAAUCCGCUUCGUAGCAUUCACGUGAGUGCUCUUUGCACAUUUGCCGAAACAAUAGCUGGGUUAGCGGUAAUUACACAAUUGAGCAAGAAAGAUCACGUUGUAGUCGCGAGAAUAAAUUGUGAGGCAGGCCUGAUCACUGGGACUUGUAGUUUCAAUCCCGGAUUCAUGAGUGGUAAAGUGGAAAAAGAAACUGAGGUUAUUCUAAGGGAUGCAACGCUAGAGACAGUUGCAAAGGUCACAGUUUAUUGGUCCAUCGAAUGCAAGAGCGAAUAA